CCUUCUAUAUCUAUAGAUAGAUACACAUAUAUAGAAAGAGAAAGAGAGAAUCUAGAGAGAUAAAACAGAAACCCCAGUCCCCAGAGAGAAAAAAACAAAACAAAAAUAGGAAAUGGCAACUUCAACCCAGUUUCCCGACGACUUUCGGUGCCCGAUUUCGCUCGAGAUUAUGUCCGACCCGGUUAUACUAUCUUCGGGUCACACCUUCGACCGUUCCUCAAUCCAACGUUGGCUUGACUCCGGUCACCGUACUUGCCCGAUCACCAAACUCCCCAUUUCCGACCCGGUUUUUCUUAUCCCUAAUCACGCCCUCCGCAGUCUCAUUUCCAAUUAUACCCUCGUCUCUUUCCCGAAUCCACUAUCUUACCCUGACCCACAAUCCCUUAUUCAAACCCUCAUAGCUUCCUCUUCUUCCCCUUUAGAUUCUAAGCUCAACACGCUCGACCAACUCAGUAAGCUCUCCAAGCGUGACUCUGCGAUUCGUCGAAAACUCACUGAGUCAGGCGCCGUUUCUGCUGUUCUUAACUGUGUCAACUCGGAUGAUGACUCGGCCGGUGGGUUACAAGAAAAGGCGCUUCAUUUACUGUUGAAUUUGAGCUUGGAUGAUGAUAACAAAGUGGGGUUGGUGGCUGAAGGGGUGGUGGGGAGAGUGGUGGCAGCGUUACGGAGCGGCGCCGGCGAUUCCAGGGCCGUGGCCGCCACGGUUCUGACGAGUUUAGCGGUGGUGGAAGUGAAUAAAGCGACAAUUGGGGCGUACCCAGAUGCGAUUCUUGGAUUAAUUUCACUUCUUUGGGGUGGAAAUGUUAGAGAGAGAAAAGAAGCUGCUACGGCUCUGUAUACGUUAUGUUCAUUUCCAGAUAAUCGGGCUCGGGCUGUGGAGAAUCGGGCCGUGCCGAUACUUAUUCAGAAUGCUAAUUCAGGCCUAGAAAGAGCCGUUGAGGUACUGGGGUUAUUAGCAAAAUGUAAAGAAGGCCGUCAAGAAAUGAUGAAAUUUGGUGGGUUAAUUGAUGUAUUGAUUAAAUUCUUGAAAAAUGGAUCUUCAAGAGCUGUGCAGUAUGCUCUGUUGACUGUAAAUUUGUUGUGUAGUUACAGUGAAAGGAUGUGUGUGGUGGCUGUAAGAGAAGGGAUGUUUGAGAUUUGUGUUGGGUUAUUGGAAGAUGAUAAUGAGAAGGUGAGAAGGCAUGCUAAUAGCUUGGUUAAGGUCUUGCAAGGCAAAAGAUUAAGUCUUUGAUUAAAAGAUGUGAAUUUUGAAAGUGUUGAUUUUGAUGAAUUAUGGGAGGGUAAAGGUGAGUUUUGGAAUGUCUCAUAAUCAAUUUUUGUUUUGUUGAAUAGUGUUUCUUUGUACAAAAAGAUUAGAAUUUUAGGGCAAAAAAAUGUGUAUUUCUCUCUUUUUCUUUUGGAUUUAUAUUUUCAAAAUAAAGAUGGGGAAAAAAAAUCAAUCGCUCUCUCAUUGUCUUGCUCUCUGUCUCUCAUAUUUUCUUCACUUCUAUAUUAAUAUAGAAUUAAGAAUCCAUUCUUCCGGCUAAAGAUUUACUAUGCUGCAGUCAGUAUCCUCGGUAGUAAGAAUGAUCAAUGAGAGUCUAUAUAGCUGCUCAUAACAGUAUACUCUAAUACAAUAGUGUCCUAAUAAUACAAUAGUGUAUAAUGGAGUGUGUCCUAGAUAUUAUGUACUGUUGGUGAAGACUAAUUAAGCAUAAUUUUGUAUGGGUGGUGAAUAAAGGAAAGAUUCGCUCUGGCUAAUUUUAUCUGCAACAUUAUGUGCACAUUGGUACACUUGCUAAAGAUUCACUGUAAUUUUUUGAGCAUGGAGGGAGGCACAAUGCACAUGACUGAUUUGAGGUUC